ACCUAGCAAACUUGUAAUCUAGCCAUUAUUUCUGUUCUUGCAAAGUUUGCAUCUCCCAAGUUUAAAAGAAACCUUAUUUUCUUUCUUUUAUUUCUUUUUUGGUUCUUGUUCUUGCAUAUGUUCAAUGGCUGUCACUUGUUUUUCUUCUCCUUACAUCCUAGUGCAAAAGUCUAGGCCAGUUGAAAAGAAUAGAACCAGAAGUAUUAUGCUUAAACACAGUCAAAUUCCACUCAAGAAAGCAUCUACACUUUCAGUCAGAUCAUCUUUCCAAGACAAGGUGUUUGAGAAUAAAUCUGAGGGCAUAAUUUGUUAUAGAGAUGAUAGUGGGGAGAUAAUUUGUGAAGGAUUUGAUGAAGGUCCUCGAUUCCAUCAUCAUCUUCCAAGAACAGCAUAUAAUUCAAGGGAUGCUGAGAUUAUCAAUCUCCUUCAACAAAGAUUGAUUCAUGUUGUUAAUGGCGGUGAGUUUGACAACAGUGACAAUGGUGUUAUUACUGUGAAAGAGGACUUCAACUUCAAAUGGAAUGAGUUUAAUAAAUUCUGCUGAUAAAUGACUAAUUAACCCUUGUUAAUUUCAUCAAUGUAUUUCAAAUAAUGUGAAUCAAUCCAAAACAUUGUAUUUCUUGCAAUCUCAGAAUGUAAAUGAGCCUAAAAGUACAUUAUUUCUCUUGUAUUCUCAAAAUUUCAGUUCUUUUGCUUGCA